AUGCUCGACAAACUCGUUGGCCUUGCCAUGCUCGUGGCCGCCUCCGUCGUCUUUCUCUACUACACCGUCUGGACACUUCUCAUGCCCUUUGUCGACGACGACCACCCGCUCCAGAACUUUUUCCUCCCCCGCGUAUGGGCCGUCCGCAUCCCCGUCAUCAUCGUUCUCCUUGGCUCCGCAGUUGUGGGAUCAUUCUUGAGCAUGGUUAUGAUUCGAAGCAACCGGAAGAAGGCUGCCAAGGCCAAGGCUGCAGGGAAAAAGAAGGCGUAG